AAGGUUGAAGAAGCAUUUCGUCGAUUGUGUGAUGAUUAUUAUAUGAGAAUGUCAAAAGAAAAAUAUUCACAAACACAAUCAUGUAUACCUAUCGAAGGAUUUGGCUUUCAAAGUCAAAGUGAAAUACCUUCUAUCUCAUCUAGUGGAUUUUAUAAGGCACGUGCUACUGUUCAUGAUAGAUUUAAACAAAGUAACAAAACAUGUCUAGAUGAUGCUAAAACAGAGGUGACUCGUUAUCUGGAUGAGGCUCGUAUAGAUUGUAUGGGCGAUGAAUAUUUAGAUUUGCUAACUUGGUGGAAGGUGAAUUCCUCUCGAUUUAAGAUCAUUAGCCAAGUAGCUAGGGACAUCCACAGUAUUCCUAUAUCAACUGUGCCUUCUGAGUCCGCCUUUAGCACUGGAGGACGGGUGUUAGAUUCUUUUCGAAGUUCUUUAACUCCUCAAACUGCAGAGGCACUCAUUUGUGCUCAGAAUUGGAUUCAGUUUAAACCUUUGGAUGACAUGACUGAAGAAAUUGACGGGGCUAAAGAAAUUGAUGAAGAAUUCAUAAACAUAGGAAAGGAGAUGGAAGCUGCAUUUGAGAAUUUGAAUAAUGACUCUAUGAGUCUUGAAGCUCAGUGAUGGAAGCACUUUGGGUUAUACGAACAAGGUGGUCUCGUGAAGAUGUUCAUUAAUUCAUACCUUCACAAUUGUAAACUCUGUUCAUUUUAAG